AUGUCUAAUGAGACGUUGGAUUUAACUCAUGGAAAGAGUAAAAUUAUCAAAUUCUUGAUAUGGUUUAAAAAUUUCUGUAUAAAACAAUGGUUUUUCAUAACUUUAGCUAUAUUUAUAGUCAUUGCAAGAUUCGCUCCAAAUUUUGCAAGACAUGGAGGUUUAAUAAGAGGUGAAUAUUCUAUUGGUUAUGGUGCUGUGGCUAUAAUUUUUUUACAAUCUGGAUUAUCAAUGAGUUCAAAAGAUUUAAUGAAAAAUAUGGGUCAUUGGAGAGCUCAUACUACAAUCAUAAUCAUUUCAUUCUUAAUAACUUCUGCAAUCAUGUUUGGUUUUGCCACGGCAAUUAAAGCUGCUAAUGAUGAACAUAUUGAUAAAUGGGUAUUGGUUGGUUUAAUUGUCACUUGUACUUGUCCAACUACUGUUUCUUCAAAUGUUGUGAUGACUACCCAGGCAAAUGGUAAUGCACUUUUAUGUCUUUGUGAAGUUUUCAUUGGGAAUGUCAUAGGUGCUUUCAUCUCGCCAGCUUUAUUACAAAUGUAUACCUCGGAUCCUUCUUGGUCAUUUGGUAAUCCAGCUUCUGAUACCUCGGUUAGUGAUUUAUACAGAGAAGUUAUGAAACAAUUGGGAUUAUCAGUUUUCAUUCCAUUAUUUGUUGGACAAGUCUUGCAAAAUGUUUUCCCUAAACAAGUUAAAUGGUUUUUGAAAAUUACUAAAUUAAAUAAAGUUAGUAGUUUUUGUUUGAUUUUAAUCAUGUUUAGUUCAUUUUCAACAGCUUUUUAUCAAGAUGCAUUCACCUCGGUUCCAAAAGCUUCAAUUAUUUUUUUGGUUUUCUUCAACAUUGGGAUUUAUUUAUUCUUUACGUUGAUUUGCUUUUUAAUGGCUAGACCUUAUUUCAUAUUGAAAAUUUUCAAUCAUGAACCAAAUCAAGAAUCUACUAAACUUUAUACAUGGAGUUAUAAAAUUUUCAGACCUUUUUAUUACAAUAGAAGAGAUACCAUCACAGUCAUGUUUUGUGGUGCUGCUAAAACUGCAGCUUUAGGUGUUUCAUUAAUUUCAUCUCAAUAUGGUGAUAAUUUUGAAUAUUUAGGUAGAUUAUUAGUUGCUUUAGUGUUGUAUCAAUCUGAACAAGUUAUAACUGCUCAAGUUUUAGUCAAUUUUUUCAAAAAAUGGGAGAAAUUGGAUCAUAUUGAUGAAAUAAAAGAUGAUGAUGAAGAAGCUAAAAUUGGAAGCCCUGCUGAUACAAGUGCACGUUCAACUAGUUCUGGUAAUGAAGUUGAAGAAAAUUAUGACCAUGAUGCGGAAUUGGAAAAGAAAUAA